CAUGAUUCUUUCGCAUAUUCGCCGUACCCGUCUUGAAUUCACCCCCCAACUCCAUUGUCUGGUGCGGUUGUACUUUAGAAAUGCAUAUCUAUGCACGCCGAGAGGGAAUGCCUUGAUCGGAGAGAGCAUACCGUUACUAACGUGGAGAUAGCUGCAUGUUUGAUGAGCAACUCGUGUUGACAUGCAGCUCAUGGCCCCAUUACAAGGGACCGUGCCCGCUGAUAACCUUGCGAAUCAUCACCACGUGCAGUUACGGAGGUUACUUCUGGGUGGGAAUUCAUAACAACCUGCAGGAUAUAGGUGAGCCAAGAGAUGAUAGUAACCGAGGUGUCACGACAGCUAGAGGGAAUAUCACGCCCACAUCACUGCACCUGGAUAAGAAGCACGUAACUAUACUCCGUAUGUUACAAGUCGAAGCAGGUUGCUGAAAUCCUUAAUCCACAUAUCGAUACCAAGGUUUAUAGAGAAGGGUAACGAAUUCCGACGGAAACUUGUUUUGCUCAGCACCAUGUUUCAUAGCGUGGGCGGAAAAACUUGUGUGUCUCAAAAUCUAAUCCCCCCCUUCCCCCAUUUCAGGGUCGGUUCGGGACAGGUCAGGACAGUAGCGACGAGAAUAAUCGGUAAUAUUGGACAAACAAAGAGUGACAAAAGAGUCCCGUCACUUUGGGUGAAUUGGGGUUACAUCGCUGGAUCGAUGGACGCUAUUCUCCCCUCACUCAGGGACUCAAUUAAAGGCGCUACCUACAAGUGUUUGUUCCAAUCAAGCAACGAGAUGGUCCUUCUCACCGCCCACUCAGCAGUCGUCGCUGUGCCAAAUGUAGCCAAAAUAUCAAAGUCAACCUCGCAUCAUUUCCCCAGUACAGGGGGUCGGACAUUAGCAGUCCGCUCGCGACUAGGUAAUUGAUGUGCUGUUCAAUAAUGAUCACUAACCCUUGCACGGCUGGCUUCGAGAUAAAGGUCGAGACCAGAUCCAGUGGAGGCUGAACUAUUGAGGGCGUGCCGUCGCGCAGUGCAGGGAGGCAAUCUCUCGUUAGGUGGCAUUAUCUUAGGGAGGGCAAGCUGAGCAGCCUCAAUGUCAAUUGAUUAUCGGCUGAGGAGAAGUGUCAACAUGUAUCGGAGCGACGAACACGUUGAAACUCUUCAGCAAUCGAUCAAAAACACAGACCAGUUGUUCUUGAAUUCCCCAUCCGUGCACCUGCAAUAUCGCAGUCCGGAAUGUGGGAAAGGGGCUCACACGUAUGUAUGAAGCUGACGACAUGAGCCUGAGACAAAGACAAGACAGGGACUCGAGGUACAGGACAUUGCUGUAUCCGUUUGUAUGCCCGUCAGAAUGAUUGACACGAACAGGGAUCGUCAGGGGACGCCACACAAGAGCAGCCAUCGUCAUACGUAGCCCCUGACUUCCACGUGGAGAGGGUGCGUGCCCUUGGGGCCUGUGGCUUGACAGCCAUGCCUAUAAGCUGAACAAGAGCCUUGUGGGUUGUCUGGGCUGUGAUGGUAGCGCUGCAGGUGGUGUGGUCCAUUUGGGCGCUGUGGCUGGCUGCUGAACUUGGAGGACCAAUUGUCAUCUGUAGGGAUGUGGCUUUGACCCCGUCCCAAAGGGCCCUUUGUCCAUGGGAACGAGGAUAUCGUCAGCUCUAGCGUUUGUAUGUAUGUUCCUGACCUGACCUGUCGUAAGCUCGUCUUGUGCCGGCAGUGCUUGAAACUGAGACAUUGUAGCUGAGAGUUUAUUAGCUUAGCAGGUCGGUCAACUUUAUUAGAGUCAGCUAACAGCAUCGAAAAUGUCACUGACAUGAUCGCCGACUUUUAGUCAAAAGUCGGGAGACUCUUCCGACAUGGAUGUCCCGAUGGUGGUCGGCCAGUCGGUCGGCGACUUGCAACAAACGAAUAGAUGAAUGCAAAGGAAGUUUUUAAACUGACUAGAACCCGGGAUAUUGGGUUUGGUUUCGCCACGCUAGACGGAGAUGCGCUGGUGAAUCGGCGAGAAGCCACGGUACUUGUUCUCGAAGUCGAGCCGUCGGCACUAUUUCAAGACGAGAGGACAGAGUUCUCACAAAAACCAGUUUUCCUUAACUCGUGGUUACCCGGCUGAGGCGUCAAGUACGGUUCCGCCAAGCCUCCUAAAGUCCGACCGCGUGGAUGAGUUCAACGGUUUGUGGACAAGAGGCUGGCUGGGCAAAGACAGUGAAUCCCCUAAGCCUCAUUUGGAGCCGAGGUACGGCAUCUCCGUGAUGUCUGAUGUGCAGCAUGAUCAGGCUUGACUGUGAGUGGCUCGAGAAACCCCAAACACGCUUGAGACGGGUUGCGGUGAUCUCUGUUCCUUGUCAGAAAUGCGACGGUGUCAAUUGGUCUGAAAGGAGCGGCCGCUUUCUCAUCUCGGCAAAGCAAAAGGCAACGGCAACCUAAAGGGGUAGAGUACGUUACCAGCACGGCGGAACGGACAUUAUAUUCGGUACGUAUCUAUCUAUCUUCACUGUAGCAGAGUCCGGAGAAAACUGCCGAGAAAGGCAGAAUACUCGCUGGUGGUGAUGGUUCUGCGUCAGAUGACUCCAACUUACCAAUGACAUGAGAGAUGUUGAAAGUUCAGGGUAGCAUCAGAGGAGGCACUCAUGAUUGAUCGCUGCAGAUACGGUGAAACCUAUCAAUUCUACAGCCGAGUCCCGAAAGUGAUCGGAUCGUCCUUGAUCUGUAAGCAGAACAACAAAGAGCUUGAUCACCUGCCACUCUUUGAGCCAUGAUCUUCAGUAUCGGGUCAGAGGGUUCUGACAUGAAACGGACAACAGGGCGGAAUUGAUGUAAUGAGGAUUACAUUGCCAGCAACACGGUUCCGCUCAGGAAUCAGUCAGUCGCAAUGGCGGUAUCCAUGAUUGCCAUCCAAUUUGCCACCAUUCCCACUUUCUGGAUGCCCCCGAGGAAGUCGGUGAAGCAGAUUUCAGUCAGAAACCCGGCGGUCUGGAACUGACACGCACGGGGUCUUGGGUCUCAUCUCAAUAACAACCCCAGAUUAAAAUGGAAAUACGGAGAGCAAUUCAGAAGAAGAAAGGAAAGAAAAUCUUACUGCUAGUGUGACACACUGACCCCUGGUUUCCAAGUAGCUGAUACUGGUAUCCAUACGGAGUAAGAACAGUGGAUGGAGAUCACCAGCUCAAGGAGGACGAUAUCGGCACAAGUUGGGAUCAAACUAACUAGGCAUACUGUCUGUACCCAGCCUCGUCAUCAAUCAUCAAAGAAGGGCCUCCAAGGCUCGCUGCGCAACUGCCCUAAUAGCCGUUGGACCGUCUCUGUUUGCCGCUAGUGCUGAGUUUGCCACCACCCGUUCUUUUAGUCAGGGACACAAAACAAUCCCGACGGCAAAUUACUUCAUUAAUUGAAUUAUGUAUGUACGAGGAAGGGGCUUGCAUCUGGUCCUUGUUUCUGAUUAUCAUCGAGGCUGAAAUGAAUUGUCUUAUAGAGAUAAAUAUUGUUCAAAGGGAUGAAUAGUUCAGACAUCGCCAAUGCAGGAUCCAGGGAUGUAAUCUCCCAACAGAAGUAAUGUACUCUGUACGACAUAGGAGAAGGGGUAUGUUGGUUUGUACAGUCAGCAAGGCUGCCGUCUAUUGAGUGCACGUGCACAAAAGUUUGCUAGCUGGAAAUUUAUUGAUGGCAAAAAUAAGUAAAAAUUACAGGGGCAUUGCCUGGCGCUUCAGGACAAAGAUGGAUGGACUUGCACGCACACCCCUUCCUUCCAACGUGGUCCAAAUGGAAAUGGAUACUCAAAGCUCAU